AUGCCAUUCCAACUAUCGCAUCAGCCAUCCUGUUUGACUGCCUAUCCGCCAACUGUCGCUGCGACACUAGUUGGGAAGACUUUGCUUCGGCCUCAUACACCAUUAACUAUACGAGCUACAGCUUCGAAUAUCGUAGAGUUUCCGUCACAAAGCCGGCCAGUGGCCAUGACGACUACACUCGAUCCAAGGCCCCUAAGCCUUGGUCAGCGGACCGCACUUUUCAAAAGCAAUGUUAAUGAAAGUAUCAGCACCUGUAGUGAAAAGAAGGGGUCCAUUUUGGCUGUGAGACAAGCUCUUUCUCCAAAAAUGAGGACUUUACCUUUAGCCAACCAGCAACUAAGCCCUGCAUCUUUGGCUAAAACGAAAUUCCUGAGCGCAAACGAGCCGAAGACUACUUGUUCUGGCGACGCCUGGUUGCUGAUGAACUCCAGCUUGGCUCAUGAUCGAAGAUUGGUUGGUGAAUAUGAAUCCGGAUCAAAGUCGACUCGUUUGGCUGGGUCGAGCCAAAGCCCCCGAGGGAGAUUAGUAACAGCUCUGACUGAAACUGACAGAAAGAGUGCAAAUACUGCUAAGCAAGAAGGACGUAAUGGUGAGGCUUGGCAACUUUCCAGCAUUCCAGGACAAACAGUGGCAUCGCCUGUCGUGCAGAAUCUUAGGCAUAAGUCUGUUUCUGACUUGGGUUCGAGCUCUGCCUCUGCCUCUGCCUCAGAGUCAGAGUCCACUCAAGCAAGUAAUGAAAGCGAUGACUGUACAUGGCAGCCUGGCAUG